AUGAAGUUGUUCUUACUAAAUUGCUUGCUGGCUUGUUACUUCUCAAAAGUCCAAGCAGUAAAUAGAGAAUACUACAUCGGGAUUACAGAAACUGCUUGGGAUUAUGCACCUGGGACAAAGAACAUGAUAUCAGGGAAGCCCUUUUCAGAAGACGAGCAAGCGAAUGUCUUUCUCGAAUCAGGCCCGGGCCGGAUAGGAAGGAUAUAUAAGAAAGCUGUAUACACGCAGUUCACAGAUAGCUCAUAUAACACAACUAUUGAAAAACCCUUUUGGCUGGGCUUCCUAGGCCCCAUUCUCAAAGCAGAAGUUGGAGACUCCAUCACAGUCCACUUGAAAAAUUUUGCUACAAGAUCCUUCUCUCUCCACCCACAUGGUAUUAAAUACAACAAACGGAAUGAAGGUGCUUUUUACCCUGACAAUACCGCAGGUUUGGACAAAAAAGAUGACAGUGUGCAACCUGGAGAGCAGUAUGAAUAUACAUGGGAUGCAACUGAAGAUCAUGGCCCAGCAGAAGGCGAUAAUAAUUGUUUGACCAGGGUUUAUCACUCGCAUAUAGACGCACCUAAGGAUGUUGCUUCUGGGCUCGUUGGACCCCUCAUCGUUUGCAGGAAAGGCUCACUGCAAAAUGGAAAAGAUAAAGACAUCGACCAAGAAUUUAUCCUGAUGUUCACGGUAAUGGAUGAAAAUUUCAGCUGGUACUUAGAUGAGAACAUCCAGACAUAUUGCACUGAACCUGACAAAGUUGACAAGAACGAAGACUUCCAAGAGAGCAAUAAAAUGCACUCAAUUAAUGGAUUUAUGUAUGGAUAUCUACCUAACCUCACCAUGUGUGCAGAAGAGAAAGUGAGAUGGCAUCUUUUUGGCAUGGGGAAUGAAGCUGACAUCCAUUCAGCUUAUUUUCAUGGGCAAAUAUUGACAGAAAGGAAACAUCGAAAGGACACAAUCAACCUCUUCCCCGCUACAUUUGUGGAUGCUCUUAUGGUGGCAAAGAAUGAAGGAGAAUGGCUGCUUAGUUGCCAAGUCAAUGAUCAUAUAGAAGGUGGCAUGCAGGCCAUUUUCGAGGUGAGAAACUGUCAAACACGUGUUUCCUCUCCCAAGGAAACCGCUAAUGUAAGACACUAUUAUAUUGCCGCGGAAGAAAUCUUUUGGAACUAUGCCCCAUCAGGCAUAAAUAACUUCACGGGAGAAGAAUUAAUUCAUGAUGGGGAGUCAGAGGCCUUUUUUGAACAAAAUGAAAGAAGGAUUGGAGGAACUUACAAAAAAGCUGUUUUUCAUGAGUAUGUUGAUGGCACCUUUACAGAGCGCAAGGAGAGGCUCCCUGAGGAAGAACAUCUUGGACUUUUGGGACCUGUCAUCAGAGCAGAAGUUGGGGACAUCAUCCAUGUGACCUUCCGAAACAAUGGCAGUCACCCAUUCAGCAUUCAGCCACAUGGUGUGAGUUACAACAAGGACAAUGAGGGCUCACUGUACAACACAAUCUCUGGAGGCACUGGAGGUCCAUCCUCACAUGUGAAUCCUGGAGCUACAUUUACUUAUGAGUGGAAGGUGCCAGAAGCUGUGAGUCCUGCCCGGGAAGAUCCACAAUGUUUAACCUGGCUUUACUAUUCGGCAUCAGAUGAAAUCAAGGAUCCCAGUUCUGGCUUGGUGGGACCACUCUUGGUGUGCAAGAAAGGAAGUCUCCUUCCAUCAGGGAAACAGAAGAAUGUAGACAAGGAAUUAUUUCUCCUUGCUACAGUAUUUGAUGAGAAUCUGAGCUGGUACCUGGAUGACAACAUCCAGCACUUUACAACAACAUCCCCAACUGAGAUUGAUAAGGAGGACGAAGACUUCCAGGAAUCCAACAAGAUGCACUCCAUAAAUGGAUACAUGUAUGGAAACCAAAAGGGCCUCGAGACGUGUAGAGGAAAUACUGUUUCAUGGCAUUUGAUUGGCUUGGGAUCAGAGGUCGAUAUUCAUGGGAUCUAUUUUGCAGGAAAUACUCUAUUGAUUCAAGGGAAAAGGCAGGAUACAGCCAACCUCUUUCCACAUUCCUCUGUUACAGCUAUUAUGAAGCCUGACUCAGAAGGCACCUUUGAAGUGGAAUGCCUGACAACGGAUCAUUACAUGGGGGGUAUGAAACAGAGGUAUGCGGUGAGGAAGUGUGGUUUGUCAACAGACGACAAUGAGGUGUAUUCCAAUCAGAAGAUUUACUACAUUGCGGCUGUGGAGACUGAGUGGGACUAUUCCCCUAACAGGACAUGGGAGGAGGAGAAACAUCAGAUCCAUGAUGAAAGCCCAGGGAAUCCAUUCUUAAAUAAAGAAGAUAAGUUCAUUGGUUCAAAAUACAAGAAAGUUGUUUAUCGGGAAUAUACAGACAGCACUUUCAGCACACCAAAAGAAAGGAAGGAAGAAGAAGAACAUCUGGGGAUUCUAGGCCCCCUGCUCGUUGCACAUGUUGGAGAUAAAGUCAGAAUUGUUUUUAAAAAUGAUGCCUCAAGGCCUUAUUCAGUUCACGCGCAUGGAGUGAAAACUGACUCCCCGGCUGUAUUGGAAACCGCUCCAGGUGCAACGAGAGAAUAUGUUUGGAAAAUCCCAGUGAGAUCUGGCCCUCAGGAAAGCGAUUCCCAAUGCAUCCCUUGGGCAUAUUACUCAACUGUGGAUAAAGUUAAGGACCUCUACAGUGGGUUAAUAGGGACACUCUUAGUCUGUCGCAGGCAACCUUUGCCCAUUCUACCGCUGCAAACAAGGGUGCAAUUUGCUCUUCUUUUUUUGGUGUUUGAUGAAAAUGAGUCUUGGUACUUGGAUGAAAACAUCCAAACAUACUCUGCCAAGCCAGGAGAAGUAAAUAAAGAAGAUGAGGAGUUUAUUGAAAGCAAUAAAAUGCAUGCCAUUAACGGACGGCUGUAUGGAAACUUGCAUGGCCUUAAUAUGCAUGUUGGAGACAAAGUCAACUGGUACUUACUGGGAAUGGGUAAUGAAGUAGAUAUGCACACUGCCCAUUUCCAUGGCCACAGCUUUGAUUACAAGCAAACCAGGACUUACCGGGCAGAUGUCUUUGAUCUUUUCCCCGGGACUUUUCAAACUGUCGAAAUGCGCCCAAAGUAUCCUGGGACAUGGUUGCUGCACUGCCAUGUGACCGACCAUAUCCAUGCAGGGAUGGAGACAACCUACACAGUGCUCCCAAAGGAAGGCUCGGUAAGUGAGAAAGAUCCACUCAAUGCACAAAGUAGCUUCCACCACUCUAGCUUCAGUGGCAUCCUGUGCUUGGUGCUCACCAUUUGUUCCCAGGUAGUUCUAUAAUGCAGAUGA